AUGCACAUGCGGCAGCGCCUAUCUAAGGUCAAACAGCUUUUGCGGAGCCAACCACAUGCCUUUUACAACCACCCUCAGCUUCUUUCGCAGAUACGGGAGCACGGGUGGGGAUAUGAUCAUGAGGAGAUCACCCGAGUCAAUACGGAGAGAAACUCCAGAUACCAAUACUGCCGAAUUCUUCACAGAAUGGGCUCCAAGAAAGAGCUAUUCCAGAGGCAAAACACAAGCAUGCCGCCGCACACCUCGGAAAAGGUUACAUUUGAAAGCGAGGUCAAAAGUAUAGAGGACAUCCCAGCCCAUUCGCAGGCACAUGAAGUGGCUGUCGCAAAGUCAAUAUUAAAAAAGCCUCAGAACACUGCAGAAAAUGAAGUGAUCGACCAGCAAGACAUCUAUAUUUCGCAUUUACUAUUCCACAGAUCAAUAGGCAAAUUUAGAUUGAAUAAAAAAGAAAUCUUCCAGAAAAAGACAGUGUAUAAAUAA